AUUUUAUUUUCUAUUCAAAGGGCAUAGGAAAUGGAGAGAGAAGAAGAAGAAGAAGCUCUCUUCUGGCUCCUCUUUUCUCGCGAUCGUUUUCUCUGUCAAACUAUUUUCCUCUCCAAGUCCCAGUUUUUCUCGGAAUCCAAACACCCUUUUGCUGAAUCUCGCUUCUGCUGAGAUCUGCCUUCUCUCUCGCUCAUGGGUUUCUCCUCUGGACUCAACAGUACUGGUAAGCCUGCUGUCGAUGAAAGCAUUUGGAGAGGUUAAAGUCAGUGCUGUUACUAACUCUGUUUGCUAAUUUUGUAACUGCAUCUCAACCAAGAAGCCACAUAAUGAACCACUUGACCAUUGAGACAGAGGAUUCUUUUGCAAGCUUGCUUGAGCUUGCUGCUAACAAUGAUGUUGAAGGUUUUAAACGAAUGAUUGAGAGGGAUCCUUCCUGUGUAGACGAGGUAGGACUAUGGUACAGUCGGCAGAAGGGAUCUAGGCGGAUGGUCAAUGAGCUCAGAACCCCAUUGAUGGUUGCUGCUACUUACGGGAGCAUUGAUAUUUUGGAUCUGAUUCUCUCACUUUCUGGUUAUGAUAUUAAUAAACCUUGUGGUCUUGACAAAAGCACUGCUCUUCACUGUGCCGCUUCAGGCGGUGCUGAAAAUGCUGUUGAUGUUGUUAUAUUGCUUCUAGCAGCCGGGGCUGAUCCAAACUCUGUUGAUGGAAAUGGUCAUCGACCAGUUGAUGUCAUUGUUGUUCCUCCCAAGCAUGAAACUGUUAGAAACAGUCUUGAAGCACUUCUUCAAACUGAUGACUCCAUUGCAGUGUGUAAUCUCAGGGUGAUCACAGCCCCAUCAAAUGCAUAUUCUCCACCAUUGUCAACUUCACCAGAGAAUGGCUCUCCUUCUGCACCAGAUUUCCAAUUGAAGUCAAAGUUAAAUGAUGGCUUUGUUUCUUCUGCAUCAGAGAAGAAAGAAUAUCCUGUUGAUCCAUCCCUUCCUGACAUAAAAAAUAGCAUAUAUUCAACAGAUGAAUUCCGGAUGUAUUCUUUCAAAGUUCGACCUUGUUCACGUGCUUAUUCACAUGAUUGGACAGAAUGCCCUUUUGUUCAUCCUGGGGAGAAUGCUCGGAGAAGGGACCCAAGAAAGUACCACUACAGCUGUGUCCCUUGUCCUGAUUUUCGGAAGGGUGCUUGCCGACGUGGAGAUAUGUGUGAAUAUGCUCAUGGAGUUUUUGAGUGUUGGCUGCAUCCAGCACAGUAUCGUACUCGUCUUUGCAAAGAUGGGACAAGUUGCUCCAGAAGAGUUUGCUUUUUUGCUCACACUGCUGAGGAGCUUCGGCCAUUAUAUGUUUCAACUGGUUCUGCUGUACCAUCUCCUCGUUCAAGCACAUCUUCUGCUAUGGAAUUUGCUGCAGCUAUGAACAUGUUACCUGGCUCUCCUUCCUCAAUGUCUGUUAUGUCUCCUUCACCGUUCACCCCACCCAUGUCACCCUCUGCCAAUGGCAUGUCACACUCUUCCGUUGGCUGGCCCCAGCCAAAUGUUCCCGCCUUGCAUCUUCCAGGAAGCAAUCUUCAUUCCAGUCGAUUGAGAUCUUCAUUCAAUGCCAGAGAUAUUCCUAUGGAUGAGUUUGACAUGUUGCCUGAGUACGAUGCUCAGCAGCAGCAACAGCUCCUUAAUGAGUUCUCUUGCCUCUCUAAACAGCCUAAUGCCAUGAACCGCUCCGGCCGCAUUAAAACACUGACCCCUUCAAAUCUUGAUGAUCUAUUUUCUUCUGAGAGUUCAUCACCUCGGUUUGCUGAUCCAGCAUUGGCUUCGGCUGUUUUUUCUCCAACACAUAAAUCAGCUAUUCUUAAUCAAUUUCAACAGCAGCAAAGCUUGCUGUCGCCUGUGAACACAAAUUUUUCUUCUAAAAAUGUUGAGAAUCCUUUAUUGCAGGCUGCCUCAUUUGGGGUUCAAACAUCAGGUAGGAUGUCUCCUCGGAAUGUGGAACCUAUUUCUCCAAUGAGCUCUCGGAUUUCUGUGCUAGCUCAACGUGAGAAGCAGCAACAAUUCCGGAGUCUUAGCUCCAGGGAACUUGGCUCCAACUCUGCUACUGUUGCUGCAGCUGCUGCUGGGUCCCCAGUGAAUUCUUGGUCAAAAUGGGGACCCUCGAAUGGUACAUUGGAUUGGGCUGUCAAUGCUGAUGAGUUAAGGAAACAUCGUAGAUCAUCUUCGUUUGAGCAUGGGAAUAAUAGUGAGGAGCCUGAUUUCUCAUGGGUGCAGUCACUUGUUAAAGAAUCUCCAACUGAGAUUAAGGAGAACUCAACUGCAACUGUCUCAAGUGGUGCAGCAGCUGGAUCCUCCAGUGAGGUAUCAAAUAUGAGCACACAAAUGGACUCUGUUGAUCAUGCUGUGUUAGGAGCAUGGCUUGAACAAAUGCAGCUCGAUCUUGUGGCUCAGCAAAAUUAAAUAAGUUUUGCUGAUCCCGAGAUAGUCGUCAACCAGAAAAGUUUCACUUAAGAUUAGAAUGUUUUUAUUUUAAUUUUUGUUGUGCUGAUGGAAGAAGAUAAUAGUAACUAUGAAAGGAAGCAGAAGAGGAAAUUUCAAAUGUAGUGUUACAUGAGUAGCUUAGGAAGCUCACAAAACUACUGGGUAGUAUUAAUGCAACUGCUCCCAGUUUUCGCUUGCCCAUAGAGUGAAAUUUUAGCUUCACAUUCCAGUCCCUCCAGGAGUAAAUGUUCUGUUUUUCUUCCUUUUUCAUUUUGGGGUAGAAAAUUACAAGGGUCAUUGGAGUUAUAAUUUCCUUGAGACUCCUUUUUGGUCCAGUUUUGGGGAUGAAAAUACAGGAUGUUGGAUAUGAUAUUUUUCAUGUAAUUUGAAAUAAAUAAUAGUGGAUAUGCUAGGUAGUGGGUAAGUCAGGGAUAUUGGAAGGUUGAUACUUGGGUUAUGUAACAUUCAAUUAAAGUUUGUUGCUGUAUUAAUCCUAAUGCCUUUGUUUUUUUU